AUGAUGGAAGGAAAUGUGGAGGUGGAAGAUCCCCUGAAACAGCAUAUGGCCGCCUUUGUGCAUGCGCAGUCAAAUACCCAAGAUAUCGCAAAUUUGGAUCAGAAAAUAUACGACGUCGUUGAUCAGAUAAACGAAUGGAAGACGCGUCGUGACUUUUAUGUGCGCUUUGCCGAUCAUCCUUAUGAAUUCAUAAGGAAGUGGCUUGUUAGUCAAAGCCAAGACCUCAAAGUUGGUUUUUUUUUCUCAUCCUUUCAAAUCAUUGUUUAA